AUGGGCACAACUCUCUCACGCGACCAUGCCAAACUCCCUUUUGGCUACACUCAUGCCCGUAAAGACCACUCAUUUAAUACUUCGUCAGUCUCGAGGAAACGGCUCGCUCCUCGUCUAUUAAGAACACCAGACACCACCUCAGUCACCCCCUUCCCCAUCCAAGAUGGCACCUCAUCUGUCGCUUCCAUCCCAGAAAUGGUCUCACAACCAUUACCCCUGUCCACUAGUGUACACCUAUAUGAAUCUUUGUCCUCUCAGUCUGCAAAUGGUAGUAACACAAGUCAUAAUCAUAGUGAAAGUGUACACUAUCAUCAUACUGUUCCAGAAUCUGGAACAGGGGCAGGGUCUGCUGCGAUCUUUUCCACCAGUCCGGUGCCUGAAUCUGAUAUAAAUGAAACAGCCGCUCGCACACCCUCAAUACGUGUGAGAACAACGGUGGCAUCGCGGACAGCAGUGGGUGCUACAGUAACUACAACAACAAUAGCAGCAACAAGAUCUGCAUCUUCGCAAGCGAAUACAGUUCAUGCACAGCACCGGAGUAUGGAUCAAGCUGCACAGAUUACAACUCUCUCCACACCUGCCUCUCCAGGCUCAUCUGUCUUAUCAACCAGUCCAGGUCAAGUCCAGACUGAUAUUGUUACUGCAACUAUAACUUCAACUGAGCCAUCCACAGUUCAGAAUCAAAAAUCAAUGCAGUUAAGCCGUACUCAGAUAGGGCAGGAGAGCGAAAUGGAUGUGAUCUCCACUCUAAGGAUCACCGAUCAACCAAAUCAGAACCCGUACAAUUUUUUUAGCUCGUCCUGCCAAUCCUCACACCCAGAACCUCAACCACAUCUGCAUCGCCCACCAAUGCUGACAAAACAAGACUCAAUUGCAUUAUUUGUCAGCGGCUCACAGUUACUGGAGAUGCAAGAACAAUCGCAGAAGAGUGAUGAAAUACAGAUGAGGAGCACCCAAAACAAUAGGACCAUUAGACCUGAUUUUCGAGCCCAUCCAUCUUCAAAGCGGACGCUGUCGUACGAAGUGAAGAUGACUGAGCGUGAACUUCAACGGUUACAGGAAGAAGACGAGGAGUUCAGUGAGUCUUGGGAUGCAAACACACUACAUCUAGAAAACUGUCGUGGUGGUGAGACUGACUCGAUUCUGGACGAGGAACUAGAACAUCUCAGCCCCAUACCAUUCUCCGAAUUGCCCAGUCUGACCAACAUUGGAUUGUGCUCACAUGGCAUCGUCAGAUUAUCGUCCAACAUCCGCCUUUUAGCCUCUGCGACAUGUGUACAAAUGUAA